AUGCACGUGCUUGCUUUUGUGUUGCUCGCGGUGUCGAGCGGCGAAUGCAACAACUGCAAGUCAAAGAAUGGCGGCACGACUCUGCUCCAAAUGCGCACCAAGUCGCAGGAACUUCAUGAGUCCAAGCGCAUCUUCUCUAACUCCAACUUCUUGAUGCUGGAGAAUGAGGACGGGAACUGUUUGGAGGCCUCCAAUGCACCCAUGAAUGGGGUGCGCCCAACCAUGCAGCUGUGCGAUGUGGAGAAUUUCAUGCAGCAGUGGAACUACGAGGAAGAGACCGGGUUGAUCCACCACUCAGGGGGCAAGUGCUUGGACGCCUCUCAGCGGAACUUGAAUGCAGGCCUCAUACACAUGUGGGAGUGCCACCUGGCAAAUGAGAACCAGAUGUGGGAAUGGGGGGAGAACAAGAUGAUCAAGAACCAGUACGGCAUCUGCAUGGAUGCGCCUUCUCCCCAGCAGGUUGGCAGCCAAGUGCACAUGUGGACCUGCCGAGCCGACCUCAGCAACCAGCGCUGGCACUUCACCAAUGGCCAGGACUUCAAUAUGACAACGACAGCCACAACCAGCCCAGCCACAACCGCAACCAGCCCGGCAACAACCAGUUCUACCUCAACAAGUGGCACUUCGGCAUCCACAGAAGGACCCAGCACAUCUCCCAUGAGCACAACCACCGGCACCACCACGCCGCAGCCCUUGAGCGCGGUGAGGAACUGCCAGCUGGAGCCUUUGGUGGAGGGCUCUGGUUGCAAGCAGCUGCAAAUCUUCGAGGAUGCGAGGUUUGGGCUGGGUGCCAACGGGCAGGAGACGGAGGGCCGCCACCGCUGCCUCGAGCAAAUGCGCGAAGUCAAGGGCGACAGCUUUGUCCACUCCGUCGGCCGAUGCGAGGUGUGGCGGUGCGGAACGGCGGCCAGGCUACGAAUGUCGGCAGGGCCAGGAGGAGGCUUGUCCUCAUCUCCUGAUGCAGUGGCCUUGGUGGGCGCCAAUGGGCAGUAUGUCUCAGCAGAUGAGGAUGGCAGCAUGCAUUCCUCUGAAGAGUCCUUUGUCCCAGAGGCGCUCUUCGAAAUGAAGGAGGUCGAGCCCGGCAAAGUGACCUUGAAAGCCAAGAGCAAUGACAAGUUCGUGAAGGCUGUUCCCGGCGGCCAUUUGGUGGCAGAAACGUGGCACUGGGACGAUUGGGAAGUGUUCUCCCUUGAGAAGCACGAAGAUGGCCAGUUCGCUUUGCGCAGCUUUCACAACUUGUUCAUCACUGUCGGGGAGGGAGGGUCCAUUUCAGCCACCAGCCCGCAGGGAACGGGCAAUGCUGCUUUUCAAGUGCUGAACAAGUCGCAGGCUGCUUGGGAAGAAGCCGGCGGUCAGACGCACGUCGAUUUUGGCAAGACGAUUUCGAUGGAGUCUGCCCAUGCGACUUGUAGCAGGCCUUCUGAGAAAGCUACAGUUCGCUGUUGCGCCGAAGAUGGCACUGUGGAAAGCGGCGGAUGCGUUGGCAACAAAACUCUUCCCGGAGCUCGUGCACUUUGUGAAGAGAGAGGCUUGCAACUUUGCUCUGCGCAGCAGGUGCGAGCCUGCGCAGACUGUGCGGGCUGUGGCAAGAUUUGGACCAGCGGCACGUGCACAGCAUCAGAAGGUCUGACGCAGCGGAGGCUGAAUCUGCGCAACGACCGUGCUGGAGUCUUCAGCGAGCUGUGUCAGUACCAGCCAGGGAAAGGCGGGCUUCACGGGGAGGAGGAGCGGUCUGCAGUUUUGGUGAAGCUGAUGGAGUGGAAUUACAACGACAUCGCCAAGGAGUGCACGGAGUACUUGGCCCCGAAUGGCUUUGAGGCCGUCCAGGUUGCUCCGGUGACGGAGCACGUCGUCGGGUACCAGUGGUGGGUGAAGUACCAGCCGGUCUCCGCUGGGCUGGACACGCGGUCGGGCACCGAGGCCGAGUUCAAGGCUAUGGUGGCCACUUGCAGGGCAGUCGGCGUGGAGGUCAUCGUUGACAUCCUCAUGAACCACAUGGCGUCACCAUGCAAGGAGGCGCAGUCAAAGCAUGGAACGGACGACAUGCCUUGCGCAGGCUGGGGCGGGAGCAAGUUUGGCAACCGCAAGGCUCAAGGUGCCCGAGGUUGGGACGCGUCCACGCCAGCUAACUUUCACCACUCGCCCGAUGAUGAGACGAAGCCCUUCUGCAGUGUAGGACCGCAUACCGGAUGGCUUUGCCCGGAUGAUGAUUGCACUCCUUGCGACAUGUACUCGCUGCCGGACUACAAUACUGAGUUGCAGGAGGUCCGUGACAUGCAGUACAAGCACCUUGCGGAGCUCUUUCACAUUGGCGUCACCGGUCUCAGAGUGGAUGCAGCCAUUUAUCACCAUGUGUAUGAGCUCGCGGACAUGCUCAACAGGCUGCCAUGGGAUUUGGUCUAUCAAGAGUGGUGGGGUGAGUACCCGCCUCAAGAUCGCACAGAUCACGUGGGCCUGUAUCGUGAUGUUGCCUACCGCUGGCAUUUGGUCAACCGCCUUGCCGGCAAGAACGCCACCGACCUCGGGGAAGUGUUUGACCUUGAUGGCGGCGUGUUCGGCAUCACUCAGGACAUGGCAGUGUACCCGUUUGCCUAUCAUGAUGGCAGGAGCAGAGACGCCGACCCGGAGAUUGCCACCUACAAGAACGGAUUGGCAUACCAUCAGCAGCAGAAGUUCUUCCUGUCGUGGCCUCUUGGAAACACCGUGUUGGUCUGGGGUGGCUAUGGGUGGCGCGACCUCAACCAUGGGCCGCCAGGCUGCGACAAGGCGGACGGGGACCACUGCUCGCCGCUCCCGGUCUACGAUGAGUCCGGGAACGCCCAGUGCAUGCCCGCCCCGACCGAGUCGCCCCUGCCCAGGGACGAGGCCCGUGAGCGGCGGUGGAUCUGCGAGCACCGCUGGCAGGGCGUGGCGGGUAUGAUGCACUUCCGCAAGAGCUGCCGCACCAAGGGGGUGUCCAAGGUAUGGAAGGGCGACGAGGUGGCGCUGGGCAGAGCAGCCUUCCGGCUGGGCGAGGAUUGCUUCGUGGCCUUGGUGCGUGGCCGUCGCCCGGAGGAGCCGCCGGAGGCGGAGGUUGUGGGUGUGGGGGGCACCUGGGACUUGCAGGGCUUCCACGUGGGGCUGCCCGCCGGCCGCUACUGCGACAUGUCCUCCCUGCACACGCAGGGCGGCUGGGACCAGACCAGCUGCCCCCGCACCGUGGAGGUCGACGCCAACGGCAUCGUCCUGCGGGGCGCCGUGACCCAGGGCGAGCUGCUUGCCAUCCACACCGGCGCCAGGCUCAAAGUCCUGUUGUCUUGA